GCGGUUAAUCUGGACCCUGGUCCGGGUCCUGUGGGGCUAUGGCGGCGCUCGGGGCGCUGGCCACGAAGUUGUGGUGCAUCCGGCGUCUGCUGGUGCUGCUGGCCACUCCGCUGGUGCUGCUGCCCAUCCCUUUCAGCCUCCCACCCCAGGAAGGAAAAUGCCUUUUUGUCAUUCUGCUGAUGGCGCUCUACUGGUGUACAGAGGCACUGCCCUUGUCGGUGACUGCUCUGCUCCCCAUCAUCCUCUUCCCUUUCCUGGGCAUCUUGCCUUCCAGCAAAGUCUGCCCCCAAUAUUUCCUGGAUACCAAUUUUCUCUUCCUCAGUGGGCUAAUCAUGGCUUCUGCCAUUGAGGAGUGGAACCUGCACCGGAGAAUUGCCCUAAAGGUGCUGAUGUUUGUUGGAGUCCAGCCAGCCAGACUCAUCUUAGGAAUGAUGGUGACCACCUCCUUCUUGUCCAUGUGGCUCAGCAACACAGCCUCCACUGCCAUGAUGCUCCCUAUCGCCAACGCCAUUCUGAAGAGUCUGUUUGGGGAGAAGGAGGCUGUAAAAGAGCUUGGCUGGGAGAAUGAAGAGAAUAUGGCUGCUGUCCAGAGAAAUGGCCUGUGUACUGUCCCCACUGAGAUGCAGUUUCUGGCCAGCACAGAGGACAAAGGCCUACCAGAAGAGGUAGAGGCCCCACCGGAGAUGGCAGCUGUUACAAAGGAGGAGGCGGAGUACCGAAGAAACAUCUGGAAGGGCUUUCUCAUCUCCAUCCCGUACGCAGCCAGCAUUGGUGGUACCGCUACCCUCACUGGCACUGCUCCCAACCUCAUCCUGCUGGGCCAGCUGAAGAGUUUUUUCCCACAGUGUGAUGUGGUAAACUUUGGGUCCUGGUUUGUAUUUGCCUUCCCCCUCAUGCUGCUUUUCCUGCUCAUUGGCUGGCUGUGGAUCUCCUUCUUGUAUGGCGGCAUCAACAUAAGGGGCUGGAGGACAAAAAAAUCAGAAAUCCGAGCAGAUGCCGAAGCUAGAGCCCGAGCUGUGAUAAGGGAAGAUUACCAAAAUUUGGGUCCAAUCAAGUUUGCAGAACAGGCCGUCUUCUUCCUCUUCUGUUUGUUUGCCAUUCUGCUCUUCUCCAGGGACCCAAAAUUCAUCCCCGGCUGGGCGAGCCUGUUUUCCCCUGGAUUUCUUUCUGAUGCUGUCACAGGCAUCUCCAUUGUCACGGUGCUGUUCUUCUUCCCAUCCCAGAAGCCAGCUCUCAAAUGGUGGUUUGAUUUGAAAGCUCCCAACACAGAGAUGGAGCCCCUGCUGUCCUGGAAGAAGGCCCAAGAGACAGUGCCUUGGAACAUCAUCCUCCUGUUGGGUGGGGGCUUUGCAAUGGCCAAAGGAUGCGAGGAGUCGGGGCUGUCAGCAUGGAUCGGUGGGCGGCUGCAUCCCUUGGAGAGUGUGCCACCAGCCAUUGCGGUCCUUCUCAUCUCUGCGGUGAUCGCCUUCUUCACCGAGUUUGCCAGCAACACGGCCACCAUCAUCAUUUUCCUCCCAGUCCUUGCUGAACUGGCCAUUCGCCUUCGAGUGCAUCCCCUGUAUCUGAUGAUCCCCGGAACAGUUGGCUGCUCCUAUGCCUUUAUGCUUCCAGUGUCAACACCUCCCAACUCCAUUGCCUUUGCCUCUGGACAUCUGCUGGUCAAAGACAUGGUACGGACAGGUCUCCUGAUGAACCUCGCAGGCGUUUUGCUGCUUAACUUGGCCAUGAAUACGUGGGCCCAGAGCAUCUUCCAGCUGGGGACCUUCCCCGCCUGGGCGGAGGACCACUCGAGCAAUGUCACAGAGCUGCUCCUUGAUGUGUACAACACCACUCUUCAGCCCCUUCUCAAUGUCUGAGCCCCGCCCAGUGGGACUGCUGAAAGGACUCACUUCGAAUGGGGCCCUUCCCAUCUCAGCCAGGCCCUCCCAGAGGGCAUCCCCCACACCUGGUGCUCAUCUCUAACUGGCCAGCCAAGCUAUUUUGUUUCUGAUCAAAUAACUACCAGGUGAAGGAGACCUUUGGGACUCCUGCAGAGCCUCAAGGCUUAUUUCGUAGGAUAUAUUCUCCUCUAUCACCAUCCUCCACUCCAGCCCCCAACUCCCACAUUACAGGGCACAGCUACACUUGGACCAGAUAUUCAGAGAGCUACUUCUUUUAUCCCCAAGAUGUCCCAUAAGUAUUCAGUUUCUUGUUUCCUAGGCUUCAGAUGCUAUUGAAAGAUUUGGAUUUCAAGAAGUCUUCUUUCUACGCCCCUCAAAGGUUUACAAAGUGUUUUCUUCACAACAAGUAUCUCAAGUGUAAUCAUGCCUUUUUUACAGAUAAGGAGACUGAGUCUCUGAGAUGGUGAGCUACUUGCCCAUGGUCACAGUAAGUGUUAGAUGUAGGAUUUGCCCCGAAGCCCUUUGACUUUACAUCCUACUCUCUUGUCUACCAUACCACGUUGCCUUGCCAACAAGAUAUACAGCCACCUAAAAUUUUAGGUUAAGAUCAUUAAAGAUCAGCCAGUAGUUCCCCUACCGUGACCACCGUUGCUCCUUAGGAGCGCACUGAAAGGAGAGUGGAGGAUCGAGUACAAUAGACUUGAAAAGAUUAUCUGACAAAUAAGAAUUUGCAUUUCUUUUAUAGGAUGUUCACUUUAUUAGAUGAUUUCAAUUUCUAUGAUGGUUUUUUAAAACUACUAUUUUUCUAUCAUAAUGCCACCAAAAAUCAGAAAACCUUUUUAUUUUGGAGCCAAAUUAAGUUCUAAGCACACGUACACACAUGCAUGGCACACACACAGAUUAAAUAAGCUUUUGCAAAAUGCCUGUAUUCGAUUAACUGCUCUGCAGUCAAGCGAGCACAGGGCCAUAGAAUCAUAGAUUUCAGAGGCCUUCUAGUCUCACUCCUUCCUUUUAUAGAUCAGGAAAUGGAGGCACUUCAGUUAGGCCAGUAUUAUAACUAUAAGAGAAAGAUUAAAAUGAAGUCUGGCGACUUGGAGAUCAAUGUUGAGGAGUCUCUUGUGCAGACUCACACAGAUGCAAAGGACCAUGGAGACUUCUAGUACAGCCCUCCCUGGCAAAAAUCCCUUCUUGAGAAUCUCGUGGGAUGGGGGGCGGGUUAUCUGGCUGUGAUUCAGAGAUUGCCAAUGAAAGGGAAUCCCUACCUCCCGAGGGAGCCAUUAUCCUUUCUAAAUAUUAAUUAUUAAAAAAAGUUUUCCUUGAUAUGAAACCAAUAUAUCUGCCCCCUUCAACUUCUACCAAGAGCCCCCAGUUUUGCCCUCAGGAGCCAAAGAGAAUGAGUCUCACUUCUCUUCCAUUCAAUAGACUUUCCAAAACUUCACAACCUGACCCAUCCCCUAAGUUUUCCUUUCAGAUUAAACAUGCUGUCUCUCUGGUUAGUGCUCCCAUGGCCCUGGUCUCUAGUUUUCAGAUCUUUUAAAAACAGGAUUAACAACCAGUCUCGAAGACCCACCCAGAGGGCUUGUUCCCAAACAGGAGGUAAUCUGAAGACUGGGUGGCUAAUUCCAAACGGGGCAUUUUAGAUGGGGCUGCUCUGCCAUCUCUGGGAUCCCUCCUGCACAAAAAGGGCUAAACCCUUAACUGAAGGACCAGAUCUAGUUCAUUAGGAUUUUUAGAAUUUCAGGCCCUGGUUUAGAAUUGUGACUUAGACACGUCCAUCUCUCCAGAGAAACAAAUUCUCAUUUUUGUUCCUGAAAAGGACUGUGAUACUGGCAGAUUUCUAGAACACAUAGCCAGGAGAAGAGAAUAAACACCCAGAAUGGAUUUCUUCUCACAGAGAACAAACAUCCAGUAGCAAAGGGUGAAAGAGACUCAAGAGGGCUUGGAAUUCUCAGUCUGAGCCAGUGAUUUUCUCUCCUCUUGCUCAGACAUACACACUGACUUCCUCCUGGAGUAUUUAUGACUAGGAGGGAUGAGUCCUAACCUUGCUGGAUCAUACCUUCCUCCUCCUGACAUACUUCCCUCAGUGGGAUGAAUCUUCCUGGAAGUUAGCACAUACUAUCCCAAGCAAUAUUAUUUAAAUUUAUGGGAGGAAAAAAAUUGCUAAUCUACCACAAAGUCUCAUCUGGUUGAUUUUUGUACUUUCAAUGAAAGGACUUAUAGGCACCGGUGAUUUCCACUUAAUUCUUUUAUAAAUCUUUCUUUCUUUUUCACUAGGAAUCAGAAUGUCAGAACAGGGAGUGACCUUACAACAGAGAACUGAGACAGAACAGGAAUGAGUCUGGAAACAUAGAAUGCAAUGGAAUAAUAAUGCCAGAACUGGUUUUUCAUUUUUAUGUCACAGGCCUUAAAAUGUAGAUUUUCAGAGCUGGAAACCCUCUUAGAACAUAGAAUGUCAGCUGGAAGGGACUUUCCAUCACAAAUGAUAGGAUUGGAAGGGCUCUUAGAGCAGUGAACAUUAGAGCUGGGUGGCAGCCUAGCACAUAUGCUAGAGAAGGGGAAACUGAGCCCCACAAUGACUUCCCCAAGAUACUACAGUUAGUAAAUGGCAGAGCCUAGAUUUUAAUCUUAGUUUUCUGACUUAAAACCUAAAGCUCUAUGUAGCACACUGUAUACUGUGUGUGUUAGAAAACAUCAAGCUUUCAGGUAAUGAGAUCACUAAAGAACUAAGAGGGCCUUAGCUUUAUGCAGGCUGGUGGCUGGAGAAAUAACUGCAGGUGUUUAUUUCUAUUUUGCUUUAAUAUAAGUGGGGAUGCCUGUGGGAUGCCUACCUUAUUCUCAAUUCAUCCCACCUACUUGCUUACCAGUAACGGAAAUCCCUAUAAUUUGAGAUAAGACCUUUCAUCCUAUAGUUGGAAAAGAAGCUAAAAAAUAUCAGUCCUCCACAGGGAAGGGCUACGACUUAGUUCUUCUGUGGAAUAAAUGAUUGAUAUCACAAUCUUUCCAGAGGAAGAAAGAGGGCAAGGGAGGGCGUUGAGCUACACAAAUAAACACUCGCUCUAUCUUUAAUUGAAUCGGUUGGUAAAGCAAUUCCCUUGCAGUCUUCUUAUGUGUCAAAGGGUGGGAGUGUAUCAAGAAUCUACCUGAGUGUCCAUUUCCAGAGCCCUCUGUAGACAUCUUGAGAUGUCCUGAUUUUCAGAACAUUCUUGAUUAUAAACCUAUACAAUAAAAGACUUUAAUUGGAACCUUA